AUAGUCUCUUAUUAGUCAUUGCCAGCCAACUCUCUUCCCAAUUCCCAUCUCAAAACAAAAAACCUCACACCUUUUCAGUACCUUUUUGCCUCUUUCUUUAGUUCUCUUAACCAAAAAAACUUUUACAAAACACUCACCAACCUUCCUUCUAUAAAAAUUGUACAAAAAAAAACUUCAAAUAUCUUCUCUAUAGCCAGAAGUUGCACACUAUUUUCUCUUCACUCUCUUAGAUUCAAAACUAGUAAAGAAGUUGCACACUAUUCUCUAUUCACCUCUGUAGAAUAAGAAGUUGCACACUAUUUUCUCUUCCAAAAGCUCUAUAGUGAAGAAGUUGCACACGAUGAAGGAGGUAUGGACAACGUUGGCAUCGAUGAUGGGUGUAUGGGCAUUCAGUCAAAGCCUUCUUCAAGUAGUUUUCCCACCGGAGAUUCGUUUCGCCAUUCUCAAAAUCAUUCAUCGAAUCUGUAACUGGUUCUCCGCUUAUUGCUACUACGACAUCACGGAGAUCGACGGAGUAAACACCAACGAGCUUUACAACGCUGUUCAGCUCUACCUGAGUAGCUACGCUUGUGUUACCGGUAAUCGUUUGAGUCUAACAAGAGGACUCAAUUCGAGCAACAUAACUUUCGGGCUGUCGAAUAACGAUUCUCUAAUAGAUGCAUUUAAUGGCAUUAAAGUUCAUUGGGAACAUGUGGUCACUCCGAGAAACUCACAGACAUUUUCAUGGCGGCCAUUACCGGAGGAAAAAAGGGGGUUUCUUCUACGAGCUAAGAAAAAAGAUAAAUCUGUUGUAUUAGGUGCUUAUCUGGAUUUCGUUAUGGAAAAAGCUAAUGAAAUCAGAAGAAAAAAUCAGGAUCGAUUGCUGUAUACGAAUUCACGUGGAGGUUCACUUGAUUCGAGAGGUCAUCCUUGGGAGUCGGUACCGUUUAAGCAUCCCAGUACUUUUGAGACACUAGCUAUGGAUCCUCAGAAAAAGGCUGAGAUUAUGGCAGAUCUUUUGGAUUUUGCGAAUGGGGAAUCUUUUUAUCAGAGAACAGGCAGGGCUUGGAAAAGAGGUUAUCUUCUUUUUGGACCACCAGGUACAGGCAAGUCUAGUAUGAUUGCUGCAAUGGCUAAUUUUCUUGGUUAUGAUAUUUAUGAUCUUGAAUUAACAGAAGUGCAUACUAAUUCCGAGUUGAGGAAGUUGUUGAUGAAAACGAGUUCGAAGUCGAUUAUUGUCAUUGAAGACAUUGAUUGUUCUAUCAAUUUGACUAACAGGAAAAAUAACAGCAGUAAUAGUAGCAGUUACAAUGUUUCACCUCCUGGGAGCGGCGGUGUUGGUUGUGGUGGUGGUUCAAAUAGUGAAGAUGGUGGUGGGAAUACUAUAACUCUAUCGGGUUUGUUGAAUUUUACUGAUGGUUUAUGGUCGUGUUGUGGUAGUGAGAGGAUAUUUGUUUUCACAACGAAUCACAUUGAGAAGCUUGAUCCGGCGUUGCUGAGGUCUGGAAGAAUGGACAUGCACAUUCACAUGAGCUAUUCGUCUUUCGCUGCACUCAAGAUUCUGUUGAAGAAUUACUUGGGAUACAGCGAAGAUGAUGUAGAGAAGGAAUUAUUAGAUCAAUUGGAGCAAGUGAUGUGGCGAGCUGAAAUGACACCCGCAGAUAUAAGUGAGGUGUUAAUCAAGAACAGGAGGAAUAAAGACAAGGCGGUCUGGGAAUUACUCGAAGCAUUGAAGACAAGAGCGGAGAGGAAUGACAAGAAGAGUAAUAAUAAUGCAGGUAAAUCAAAGGAAAACAACACAAUUGAGGACGAGGAGCAAGUGAAAAGGGCAUUGUUAGUUGAGAGUCCUAAAGAAGGUGGUGAUGAAUUGCAAGAAAAAUGUGACAAAGAAAAAGGUCAUGAGGUCAAUGAUGAUGAAAAGGCAAACACCAAGAGGUGAAGAUAAGAGGGUGGGUGUGUGUGAUGAUCAGAGUAAGUGGGUUGAUAGGAGGAUGUGGAGGAAACAGUGAGCGUGGAGCGCAAACAUGGUUUCUUAAUUUAGUAAGAAAGUAAUAGAUUUAUAUUAUCAAUUAAACAUGAAAAAUAUUGUGCAAUUUGUUUUCCAACAAGCCAAACACACCCUUAUAGGUUGUCAAAUUAGUUUAUAUGGAUUUUUUGUUUUGUUUGUGUUUGGUAACACAAAAAUUGCUUACACCAUGUAGGGUGGG